AUGGCAUCUUUGGCUGACCGUAUCGCGGCGAGGCGUCAUAUUGAGGAGAUAAGAGCGAGUCUGAAUGUCGACAAUCCAGACCGUCGGACUGAUGAACUAGAAAAUCUACUCAACAUUGUAGCAACACAGCUCUACCGAGAGUCAACCCAUUUUCUCCUCGAAAUCCUACAAAACGCUGAUGACAACAACUAUGAACACCCCACACCGACCCUGAAGCUCACUUGCACAGAAGAUAGCUUUCGCAUUGACUCUAACGAGGUGGGCUUCACGGACAAAGAUGUCACGGCAGUCUGUAGUGCUGGAGCUAGCAACAAAGCCGGUACGUCCGAUACGACUGGUGAGAAAGGACUGGGGUUCAAGGCUGUAUUCAAAGUGGCAGACACUGUGUGGAUUGCUUCACGCGCGUAUUCCUUCAAAUUCGACAAGAAGAAAAAGCUUGGGAUGAUUGCACCAGAAUGGGCAGAGGAAUUUCCUGUCAGCCUGCUUGACGGGUAUUCGACCAUAUACCUCCACCUCUGGCAAUAUGGCAGGGCCGAAAUUGAGAGGGUGAUGGAGUUUGACCCGACACUUUUGCCCUUUCUGAGGAAAGUAGAGAGAAUAGAGCUACACAGAAGGGUCGACCACGCCAGAACUCUCGCGCGGCGGCAAGAAAGAAUUAGCGACACGCUUUAUGAUCUCGUCAUAGAAGAAGACGGCAAAGAGAUGCUGCGUUACAAGAUCAUCGAGUCUGAGAUUCCUGGCAUGCCCCUUGAGACCAAGCGACCCGGGCUCUCUGAAUGUUCAGUGUCUUUGGGUUUCCCAGUCUCGGGGUUUGAAGUGGCAAAAUCACAGCCAGUGUAUGCCUUUCUCCCUAUCCGAGAGUACGGAUUCACUUUUGCAAUCCAAGCAAACUUUGUCCUCAUCGCCAAUCGUGAGGAUAUCGACGUGUCGUCCGCCUGGAAUAUUAAAAUCCGUGACUUUGUCUCAGGUGCAUUUGUAAACGCCGUUAACUAUUUCAACACGACAUCCUUCCGUUACACCUGGCCAAGAUUUCUCCCGCUCGAAACUCGAGAUUUCUUCCAACCUGUGGCAGGAGAAAUCCAGGAAAAGCUCAAAGAAACGGAGUCCUUUGAAGGUGAGGAUGGUGAGAUGCACGAACCGCUGGGUCUUGUAUAUGUCGGGGAGUAUUACAGGCUUGACGACACCCCGCUUGUUCUAACCGACUUCACAAAACCAAGAUACUUGUCGCGCCGUUAUAAACAUCUUCGGUCUGAGACACUAGAGCACCUUGGCAUCAAAGAAUUGGAGUAUGGUGACUUCGUGACCGACUUAGAAAAAUUCAUGGAAAAAGAGGAAAAGAAAUUCCGGACCCAAUCGCCACAAUGGUUUUCCAGACUGGCCCAUGUCCUAUGGCUUUAUGAUUACAAGGCUCCGAACCGAUUAGCUACCCUCAAGAUAAUACCGCUGAGUAAUGGCGAGUGGACGUCACGCGUUGAAAGCAAAGACAAGCUCUUCUAUCUCCCAACAGACGAUACAACACUUGUUCCGAAAGGUACUGAGGUGCUUUUCGUUGACCCAGAAGCUGAGAAGGAUUCCGAGCGAAGCAGGCUGUUCACAUCUCUAGGUGCCAAACCCUUUUCCCCAACUGAGAUAUCCUCUUUCGUUGUGCGUUUGCACACUCUGUCUUCUGUUAUGAUUCAACAGAGUGACUUAGUGGAUCAUCUGGUCUUCCUAUUUACGUCUGGAUGGAGCAACCUUGAUGAUGUAGAUCUCUGGGUCGCCACAGGGUCUGGGUAUCGUCGUUCGUCAGAGGUCUAUCUUCGUUCCUUCGCGCCGAAUGGUCGGAAGUUCGCCUUUCCAGUUCUACAUCAGGAUUACUGGCUUGCUACGGCGGGGCGCGAACUCCAAUGGACGCACUGGUUGAAAGAUCAGCUACGAAUCUGCGAGUUCCCGCGUCUAGUCCGGAUGGUUGGCGAGGGAUUUGAACUGUCAGAGGACAUGAAACGCAUCUUGGAAGGCCUACCAUCCGGGGAGUUCCUACAGCUCUUAAGGGAUCAUUGGCAAACGUAUUCGGAAUGGCUCGGAUCAGACGAAGAUUUGAAUUAUCCGCAGGACUGGAUACUGUCCAAAAAGGCUCUACGCGAGUGUUUAAUGUCCACCGAAGUGGAUUGUAUCAACGGGAGUCGUUAUUCUCUCAAGGAGACAAUUUUUCCUGCAGGAGACCUGAGUGGAGUGGAAGGCAGUGAUUCGCUUCCAUUACUGGAUAUUCCAAACUCUUCAAACCCUUCUUGGUCAUUCCUGGAACAGCUUGGCGUUACGAUGAAAUGUGAUGUAAAUCACUAUCUCCAAUGCCUGAGGAUGGUGAAACAGAAGGGACAGCCAGAGAAGUAUUUGCAGCUGUACGGCAAAAUUCAAGAGACCAUCGACACAGAUCUUCGCUCCACCAAAGAAACUUUCAUGCAAGAUAGUCUCAUCUAUAUCCCCCCUCGCAAUGGGCGUCCCCAUCGUUGGGCAGCCGUCAAGGAGUGCGUAUGGAAGGGUCAAGACUCUUUGAGGAGGAUUCACAGUCUUGACUGUAUUUACCCAAGUUAUGCGAGGCUCUUCUCUCAGGUCCUGGACAUCAGAAAUGCAGGCUUGGAUACUUUCGUCGCUGAAGCAAGAAGCAUUACUUCCGACGACCAACCUGAUUAUGUAUCCCGGCUUCUGCAAAUGAUCAAUACGCUCCUAGUGCUUGAUGACUCGGCAGAAGCACUAGAUUCAGUUCGAUCUCUUCGGGGCUGUGCCAUCUUCCCAGUGAAGCAGAUGGGAUCCGAGAAACCAACCUUCCUAUCACUGAUGGAUGAAUGGUUCAUGGCAGACAACCAAAGUCUCGCCCGCAAACUGAGCGGCAAAAUCCCCUUACUUGCGUUGCCAGGGCAAGGAAUACAGAGGCUAGAGAAACUAGUUCGGACCCUUGAAAUCUAUCAGCAUUUUGUCUCUCGCAAUGCGCGGCGAAAAGUCGAAAUCACGGGAAACAUUUGGUUCUGUAAAGAUCAUACAGACACCCUGAGCGCAAAAGCGAGGUUCAUUGCUUGUUUGAUCCCAGAUCGUCGAAGGUGGUUAUGGAAAAGGUUGAAGGAGAUCAAGGUCUAUGGCGUGGACGAAAUAGCAACAGAAUUGAUUGUGACAGUGUCUGGAAGCGAUUUAACCAUUGAAUCUAGUCAGAGUCGUGCAGCGAUAACUGUCAACAAGGACGAUUCUCUGCGCAUAUACCUAACAAACCGAGAGAUAGAGAUGCCGUUUUUCAGUCCAGAGCUCUUUGAGCAGUUGUCAGAACAGCUAUUAAUAUACCUUGGGAUACCGGAAGCUGCAAGGAUGCGACUGUGGGUCAUUCUGGUAUACAGCGACCCAAGGAAAAUCGAAGACUACUUGGAUGGACACGAUGAUACACCGGGAACAUCACUUCCUGCACAUCGUCUCUUUCCGCGAACACCUGAGCGGUCCAAGGAAGUCUCUUCAGCAUUCGAGGGUAUCGCGGACAGGACGAAGGCAAGUCGAAAGCCCGUGAAAUCCGGGAAGCACCACAGCACAUCUCCGGCCCAAGACCGUUCGAAGUCAACUUCAACAUCCAGUCCAUCCAAGCCAAGCCCUUACAGAGGAAAUCUCUCAACGCCAACUGAGUUGGAGGAGGAGGACGAAAUUACCAGUCCUAAAAAGAAAACAGCGAUGCUCCAAGAGGGUCUAUCGAGAAUUGGUAACAAAGACAUAGAUGAUUCUCAAGUCAAGCCAAUGCAGGAUGACACUGAAAAGGAGUCCCACAUUGCCACUGCAAGCGAGGAUUAUUCUGCUGUCCAUAAACUUCUGGUGUUGAAUCGGGUUCUGGAGAGAAGCAAAGGGCUCCGAUUGACUGGACUGAACGACAUCAUAUAUCUACCUACCCCAGAGGAACUUCCCCAGGUCGACUCCGGAACGGGAAAUCUUCGCGGCGUACGAAGUCUCCCUGCACGCCUCCAGAUUACGAAGAAUGGAGAACGUGUCCUUUACAUUGCGCUUGAACCUGGCAAUAUUAUUGACCCUGAGCCGAUGUUGCUGGGAGAAGUAAAGAUCUCUCGACUGCUGGCAGACGUCCUGGGUGAUGCAUAUCAGCCAGAUCGGCAUUGGACGAGCCCCAUGCGAAGGCAGUUGAACCAUUCUCCUUUCGAAACCUCUGUCGAAGAGACCACAACCUUCACAGUUGAUGGUGACACAAGGCCAUUGACGGAACUACUUGUUCGAAAUUCAUACAAGGCCGCUGAAGCGUGGAGGGACCACCGGCCGGUUUAUCACAUCGAGGUUCAAACGAGUACUGGAGGCCUUCACUCAAAGUUUACCAUGAGCUCGGCCAAGGUUGACCUAGCCCGAAAACACAGAAUAUCGAAACUGCCACCAGAUGAUGUCUUUAUUCUAAUCAGAAUUCACGACAUUAAUAUGAUUCCCGGCAUUUCAUUUUUCGUCGACCCAUGGAGACUGUACAACGCUGGUCGCAUUGAUUUUCAUGUGACAAGUGCAUACACGGCCAAUAUCGAGAGAGCCCGGCCGCAUAUAUUGCUUACGGGACAAUCAGAAGGAGGGGCGGGUAUGGACAUUCUAUUGACUCAGGCAAGUGACUAUACUCAACCCACCGAAAAGCGCUUGUACAGGUGGAAGCCCCUAAAGCACGAAAGAUCCAUACGCCUCCUUCGGCUCUCCGCAGGACAUGGAAAUCAGGAACUCAGCGGAACGCUUCAACACGUAUCAUUGGACGACAAUCCGAAAUACUUGGCCAUAUCGUACGCAUGGGGCAGCAAGCUGCAACAAUUCAAGUUGAAAACGAUGGAUGGGGUCAUCCCGUUGACCUUAUCUUUGUACCUUGGUCUUCAGCAGAUCCGAAGAACCGACCGAUCAAUUGAUAUCUGGGCAGAUGCGAUAAGCAUCAAUCAGAACGAUAACGAUGAGAAAGAACAUCAGGUCCGUCUGAUGCAGGACAUAUUCAGAUCGGCGGUUCAUGUGUAUGCAUGGUUGGGACAGGGAGAUUCCGAGAGCAGCCUAGCCAUUCAAGCCUUACGCAACAUCUCCGCGAGCUUCGGCGCAGAGGAAGAGGUUUCUCGGUCACCGGGGCGAGAUGAGAUUCCGCCGGUGGAAGACUCGUCGUGGGUGGCAAUCAGCAAACUCUUUAGGAGAAAAUGGUUUCGCCGGGUGUGGAUUGUUCAAGAGGUUAUUCUUGCCUCCCAAUUGACUCUGGUCUGCGGCGACGACCGAAUUCCGUGGAGGCAGUUCUAUGACGCCGCCAAAUACUGCGAUGACCAAGCUUCCAAGUCACAACUUUCGGUCGUCUUUCCCAAAAAUGGCCAUUUAACCGCCAUUGUAAGUCUGGGAGAAUUCAAGACCUCGUAUGAGGAGGGAGGCCCCGAGGCUCGACAAGACUUGCACACCCUUCUCCGGGUGUUCAAGCUGACCGAAUCGACUAGUAGACGCGAUAAGCUCUUUGCGCUGCUGAGUCUGGCCAAAGAUGGAACCAACAAGGGCUUCAGACCGGACUACAAGUCUCGUUUCAAAGAUGUCGUCCUCCAGUACGCCAAAGUAUUCGUGGAGGAGCAAGGUCGGGGCAUAGACCUUCUGUACCAAGCUAGGCUUUCAGCCACUCCUGGCAAAUCCAGUCUCCCGUCGUGGAUCCCCAGCUGGGCGUCGCCAACAGCAUAUCCAGAGACGAUAUCAAACUGGGCCGGUGCCGGUCACUUUCGCGCGGGGACAGACAAGACUGCUGAAAUGCAGAUAUCCAGAGACAUCUUGACGGUUCGAGGUCAAGUUGUCGACUCGGUGGCCAAGAUUGGAAAAUGGACGAGCACGACCGAUAUGAGACGUUAUCUUGGUGAAAUAUUUGCUUUCAUCGAUGAUCUGCCCGCCGACACGGCCGAAGAGCGUCAGAAUCUCAAGUGGAAAGUGCCGAUUGGAGCCGCGACAAAGCCCACCAAGGGCGACUGGGGCGACGACGCCGGGCGCGCAUCCUUUCGAGCCAUGGCCGAGUAUCUGGAGUUUGAAGAAGGCCAAGACGACAGCUGGAAACGGGAGCAGCGCAAGAUCCGCGUCAACGCCACCAACCCGCUCCCGUUGCGCCAGCUCGACAUCCUGCUGCAACAGUUGUGGCCGUAUUUGAACACCGCCAUGGACUUUGCUGAGAUCCUCUCGCCUGCCAUGGCCUGCACUACUCUGGGAAAGCGAGUGGGCAUUAUUCCCCGGACCGCUCACGAGGGGGACGUCAUUGCCGUCUUCUACGGCUGCGCGGUACCCUUUCUGCUUCGCAAGCGCGACGACGGCCACGAUCACAAUUACCAGGUGGUUGGCGAGUGCUACGUCCAUGGCAUCAUGCACGGCGAAGCACUUUCUACGCAUUCGCCAGAGGACCAAGUCAUGUUGGUCUAA